ACAGUGACUGUUGUAUCACAAAGCGAAGCUUCGGAAAUUUCGUGCAGCGAAUAAGUCUAAGAAUCACGUGUGUCUUUCGAUUCAGAAUGGCACAAAAUAUAAAUCCAUUUUAUUCGUCUCAGAACGCUCCAAAUAAAGCUACAGAGGAAAAACAGAAUAUACCAAAAGACAAACAUGCAGUUAGUAAACGAUUGCAGAAGGAACUUAUGGUUUUGAUGAUGAGUACAGAAAAAGGCGUUUCUGCCUUUCCAGAUGGAGAAAAUCUAUUUAAAUGGAUAGGAACUAUUACAGGACCACGGGAUACAGUUUAUGCUGGUCUUACAUAUAAAUUAACUUUAGAAUUUCCCCAUAGCUAUCCAUAUAGUGCUCCAAUUGUACGUUUUGCUACUCCUUGUUUUCAUCCAAAUGUGGACGCAGUAGGUAAUAUUUGUCUGGAUAUAUUAAAAGAAAAAUGGAGUGCUUUAUAUGAUGUGCGUACUAUAUUGUUAUCUAUACAAUCUCUUCUUAAUGAACCUAACAAUGAGAGCCCUCUCAAUCCACAGGCAGCAAAGUUAUGGAAUGACCAGACAAAGUAUAAAAAACAUUUAACAGAAGAAUAUCACAGAGCUAUGAAUGGUGAUCAGUCAGACUCAUGAUAAGUGUAUUUUUAUAAAAAUUUUGGCUUGUUCAUUAUUUUUAUUUUUAUCAAUGUUACAUCUAGAUAUAAGAUAUAGAAGAACAAACUGCACUGAAUUUUUGUACUUCAUUAUAGAAAAUUUCAUCUCCUAUUAUCUUUUGAACCUGCAUGUUCUAUCGUGCAAAAGGACGUACAAAUACUUUUUAUAUUGUUAGUCACGAUCAUCUUUAUUAUAUGAUUUCAUCAAUCUAUCUUGAUAAUGUAUAGAAAUUUGUAUCAUGCUUUUAAGACUGUAUAUGCGGAUUAAACAUUUUAUAUCAUCAA